GAAAACCUGCAUGAUUCACCAACUUUGCCGCUUAUCACAGACUUCUCUCUCUGGCCCUGCCGAUCCCAAGAAACAAAGCCCCUGGAACACGCACACACAUACACACAGCUCGUGAACUCGCUUUCUCCAUUCGAAGAGAACAACCUCUUUGACCCUUCAAAAAACAAAAAUAAAGAACUUCUUUGACUUUGGAAGCCUUGGAAAUUGUUCCUUCUUGGAUUAUAUAUAUCCUCCUCCUCCCUCGCCAGGAAUCUCGCUCCCCUCCGAUCCAUUUAUUUCUGAUCCACGUGAACCUUUUCUUCUUUUCCUUCCUUCCCUUUGCGUGCUCUUCAAAAAGGAUCUCGCAGUUACUUCUCUACCAUGCAUGGUUUUCUGCUUCUUCUUCUUCUUCGUUCUGCCGCACACCUCGCUACUACUUCCUUUUAUGGCUCACUAGUUGGUAUAAAUAAUUCUCCACCUCUGUGAUUUUCCGAGACUGAAAGGAUAUCGUAAGGUUUGUGGCAUGUCGGCCGAAUUCAAGUUAGAUGUGGUUAAUAGCCAUGGCAUUGAGGAAUCCGAGUUAAUUAGCUCUAGAAAUGGAGAAGUGACAUUGAAUGAUAGGGUUAAUGCAACAUAUAAAGCUUUCAACGACAUCCGUAAGCAAGGAAAUGGAUCAAUUACCAAUAUUGUGACAAAUGCAGAACGUAGAGCUUUCACUGACAGGUUUUCUAGAGGGAAACGAGGUGCAGUUGAUAAUAGUGUCUAUCUUCCGGUUGUGGAUGAUGAAAAGCGUGAACAUGGAUCAGGAAAAAAAGCUGGACCUCUUUUGUCUGGGACAGCUUAUUGCAUAUCCUCUUGCAGCAUGAUAUUGCUAAACAAAGUUGUUCUAUCAACCUAUAAUUUCAAUGCUGGAGUAUCACUAAUGUUUUAUCAAAACCUUAUCAGUUCUCUAGUUGUGGUGGCAUUGGGCCUCUGUCGAGCCGUUUCUGUGGAAAAGCUUAACUGGAAGCUGAUCAGGGUCUGGAUCCCUGUCAAUUUAAUAUUCAUUGGAAUGCUUAUAUCUAGCAUGUAUAGUUUGAAGUACAUAAAUAUAGCAAUGGUGACAAUUCUGAAGAACAUGACAAAUAUUUUAACAGCAAUUGGAGAACUAUAUAUAUUUCGGAAAACUCAGAAUCAAAAAGUGUGGACUGCAAUGUUUUUAAUGAUUAUCUCUGCUGUCACUGGUGGUAUAACGGAUCUCUCCUUUGAUGCAGUGGGUUAUGCAUGGCAGAUUCUGAAUUGCGUUCUAACAGCAAGCUACUCUCUCACCCUGCGGCGUGUCAUGGAUGAAGCAAAAAAGUCAACAAGAUCUGGAUCUCUUAAUGAAGUUUCAAUGGUGUUGCUGAAUAAUUUAUUAUCUCUACCUUUUGCGAUCUUCUUGAUUAUACUGCUUGGUGAAUGGGAAUAUGUAAUUAAUGUGGAUGUAACUAAAUUGCCAAUGUUUUGGGCUGUUGCCACGGCCAGUGGAUUCCUUGGACUUGCCAUUAGCUUCACUUCUAUGUGGUUCUUACAUCAAACUGGCCCGACCACUUACAGUUUGGUGGGUUCCUUAAACAAGAUUCCUAUCUCCAUUGCUGGUUUAGUGGCCUUCAAGGUUCCGCUUAGUCUAUCAAAUCUCUUCAGUAUACUGUUUGGUCUAUUUGCUGGAGUAUUCUUUGCCAGGGCCAAACUGUCCUGAUCGACGAUCAAACUUCAUCGGGAACGAGAAGCGUCUGAUCGAGAGGCCGUUCAAAUGGCCUUCUGCCUGAUGACCGACUGCAGAUUCUCCGGCACGGAAGAAGUGAAAGCUUACAUGGCAGCUGCUUUUACGCACAGUUUCCUAACGUACAAGAAUUUAAAUGGCCAAAGAGAUUCAUAUUAAUUUAAAGAAUUUAAGUAUAUUCUUAAGAGGUUUUAUUUCUUCAAAUUUUUUUAUUAGACAUAAAAAUUGGCAUACUAAAAAUUAAUUAUCUUCAUGUUGAUUUGGCAUGUAUUAAUUUUGGGAAAGAAUAUUGUCAAC